ACUCAGACUUGACCGGAGUGGACUCAAUCGGUGAAUCUGACUCGGACGCGGCGGAGUGAUGGAAGAGUUCCCGAUCAUAACGGUGAGUCAGCGCGAGCAGUUUCUGGUGGAGAACGAUGUGUUCGGGAUCUAUGGUUACUUCGACGCCAGCGACAUUUCUACUCAGAAAUACAUGUUGAAUCAUACUGAUCACUUGGAUUUAGUCGGAUAAGAUGAAUCAGAUACACUAGUGGAUUAGAAAAUUCUCACUAGUUGAUGAUGAUCAGUAAAAUCGAAUUCUCGGUUUAACAAGGCCAGAUCUCUCGAAUCACGUCGGAGAUUCUCACGCCGAUUACAACAAACCUCGCAAGGAACAGAGAGAAAGAAGGAUGAUUUGGGCUGGGCUUUUUAUCAGGUCCAAUAAAAAGCCCAGCCCAAAUCAGUUACUUUUAGUUAGGGUUAAUUGUAUACAUGGCUUGCUCUCAACGGGACUCUUCCGGGAUUAUACAUCAACCGUUUUAAAGCUCUUUUCAUCUUCUCCAUGGCGACAGCUAAUUUAUCGGGUAAGCGAAACCCUGAAGAUGUUUUGGCGACCAAACCCGUUCUCAAGAAACAUAAGGAAACAUCCGAGGAGAAGGAUUUGCUGAUAGUCUCCAGCACAAGUCUGACCAGGCUAAUCUAAUCUCAGCGAAGGAGGCUGCCAUAAGAAAAAAGAAGACGCUCUGUGUUAGCAAUCUCCCUCUCACAGUUACUAUGUCAGAUAUCCUCCAUUUCUUCAAAGAUGCUGGAGAAGUUGUUCGUGUUCGAACUAUCCCGCAAGUUGGUUAAGAAGUUGUGCUUUGGCCGUGUUGACUUUGCAUCUGCCAACGAAGCAAAGAAGGCGCUGGAAAAGAAGAAUGGUGAAUAUUUGCACGACUAUCAGAUAUUUCUUAGAGAGGAUUAUAACGCUCCAUACCCUUUCCGACCCAAAUAUUGCAUGGAACACAAGGUCUGGAACCUUCGACAAGAAAGCCUUCCGAUAGAAGAAGAUGGCACACCUCCCGAUUUUGUUGAGGAAGUACUCUUUGUUGCCAAUCUCUCUCCCCAGACUAAAAUAUUGCAUAUCAAAGAUUUCUUCAAAAAUGUUGGAGAAGUUGUUCGUGUUAGACUUAUUGUAAACCACGAGGGCAAGCAUGUGGGUUAUGGCUUUGUUGACUUCGCUUCUGCUAACGAAGCAAAGAAGGCGCUGGAAACGAAGAAUGGUGAAUAUUUGCACGAUCAUAAGAUCUUUCUUGAAGUGGCUAAGACAGCUCCAGACCCUCCACGACCCAAGUACAACCUUGCAGAGAAGCUUUGUUACGAAGACUAUCUUCGACGACAAAACCUUGUGAUAGAAGAGGACGUGGCAGUGGAAGGACUUGACGAAUCUCCCAAUUUUGUUAAGGCAGUUGCUGUAAGAGAAAAGACGCUCUUUGUUUCUGGUCUCUCUCGCGAAUCUGAUAUAUCACAUAUCAUCAAUUUCUUCAUAGAUGUUGGAGAAGUUGUUCAUGUUCGACUUAUUGUAGACGACACGGGCGAGCAUGUGGGUGAUGGCUUUGUUGAGUUUGCUUCUUCUGACGAAGCAGAGAAGGCACUGGAAACGAGGAACGGUGAAUAUUUGCACGAUCAUAAGAUUUUUAUUGUUGUGGCUAAGAAAGCUCCAUAUCCUCCACGACCCAAGUAUUGCAUAGAUCACAAGGUUUGGUAUGAAGACUACCUCCGGCGAGAAAGCCUUCUGAUAGAAGAUGAGGCAGUGGAAGGAUUUGAUGAAGUUCUCGAUUUUAUUGAGGAAGUUGCGGCAAGAAGGAAGACGCUCUUUGUUUCCAAUAUCCCUUGCAAAGAUAAAAUACCAAAGAACACUAAAUUACCAAAGAUCAUCGAUUUCUUUAAAGAUGUUGGAGAAGUUGUUUGUUCUCGACUUAUUGUAGACCACAAUGGUGAGCAUGUGGGCUGUGGCUUUGUUGAGUUUGCUUCUGCUAACGAAGCAGAGAUGGCGCUGGAAAAGAAUGGUUUCAGUUUGGAGGGUAAUAAGAUUUUUCUUGACGUGGCUGAGAUUGCUCCAUACCCUCUCCGACCCAAGUACAACCUUGCAGAGAAGCUUUUGUCGAAGGUAGAAAGCCUUCUGAUAAAAGAAGAAGAUGGAGAAGAAGAUGAAGGUGGAGAAGAAGAUGAUUUGGAGACCAAAUCGAAUCUGGGCGGAUUCUGCGGUAAGAAGAUUAUCUUCGGUUUCAACGACUGAUAGAAGAAUAUGAGCUCUUUCUCUUUGGGGUUUCUAGCUUGUGUGAUACAGUGCAACUUUUUUUUUACCGCUUCGGUUUUAAUUUUGAAUGGUUUUGUGUUAAAUAAUAAUGUGCCUUCAUUAUAUUACCUAAUUAAGAGCUGUAUACGUUUGGAACU